AUGGUGCAAAUCACAGAGGGGAAAUUCAAGAUCGACGGCGUGAGCCUGUUCACGAAAACAUGGCUGCCUGGUGGGGAUGUACCACCCAAGGCCAAGAUGAUCAUGUUCCACGGCUUCAGCGACCACAUAGGCCGGUACUACGACUUCUUCCCCUACCUAGCCUCGCGCGGCAUCGCCGUCUACGGCGUGGACCAGCGGGGCUGGGGCAAGAGCGCGCCCACGCACAGCGACAAGGGCCGAUCAGGGCCGACGACGCGCGUGCUCGCCGACAUGGCGGCCUUCGUGCAGGACCGCGCCGCAGCCGCGCCCGCCACGGCGCCCGUCUUUGUUUGCGGCCACUCGAUGGGUGGCGGGCAGGUCAUGGCGCUGGCGAGCUCGCCCGAGCACGAAUCCGAUGUGGUCGCGCGCGUGCGCGGCUGGAUCCUCGAGGCGCCCUUUCUGGGCUUCGCGCAGGAGCUGCAGCCCAACUGGCUGACCAUCGCCAGCGGCAAGCUGGCGUCGCACGUGCUGCCUGGCUUCAAGAUGCACCGGCCCAUCCCGCCCGAGGACAUCACGCGCGACCCGGACGUGCAGCGCAGCAUCGCCGACGACGCCCUCUGCCACAACUACGGCACGCUGGAGGGGCUGGCGGGCAUGCUGGACCGCACCGAAAAGCUCUCCUCGGGCCGCAUGCAGCUGAGUCCGAAGGUGAGGUCGCUGCUGCUGGCGCACGGCACGGGGGACAAGGCGACCAGCUUUGACAAGUCCAAGGCGUGGUUUGAGCGCCAGACGCAGCUGCAGGAUAAGGAGUUCAAGGCGUACGAGGGCGUCUAUCAUCAGAUUCAUGCUGAUCACGGCAAGGAGGUUUUCUAUGAGGAUGUGGCGAAUUGGAUCCUGGCGCGGUGUGAUGGUGAUGGGCCGACAGGUGGUGGUGCGCCGGAGGCGAAGCUGUGA